AAGCUACCUUCAUCCUUUGAUCUGCCAUUGAUCUAUAUAUCCUGUGACAUGCCGCGUUAUAGUCCAGACACCCAUCACGAUGUUUUCCCGGCGCUUUGAAACACGAGCCUAUCUCUGCUUGUAGACACCAGCACAAAAAUGAUCAGGUGGCCAGACUCAAAACGACAUUUGGUCAGACCAGUCGAAUCACCACCCUGCCCGAGCUUAUACGAUGCAACGUGAAGACUACUCAAAAAAGGCAGCGGUCGGCUAAGCUCCUUCGCAUAUUCUGCCGUACAACGAAGGCUGGCUCAAAAAGAACUUUGAGCUAUGAUGACCUUUCUCCCGUGCGCAUGGAUUGACCAUCGACCCUUUCGCCAUGUCGCUCAAUCGCUGGGCGACCCAGAAAGCUCUCCCCCAGUCUGUAAGCCGCACUCCUGCCCAGAGAUAUCGGGAUGUCUCCACUAGAAAGGCAAAGAGUCCUCGGUCUCGGCGCCCACCCCGAAAAAGCUGGGAGUCUGGAAAUGAAAAGUCCGAGUUCAACUGGGCUACCGACAAAGAUGAAGGCGUCGUCAAGGAUUUCGCCAAGGCUAGAAUCCUGCUCUACAUGCACGAAUCGGUCUAGUUUGGUGACUACAAGGUCAAGCAGUCCAUGAGAUACGUCACCCACAUCAUUUGGACAUGCUUGAAAGUCAAGAGAAUGGUUGUUGCUCAGCCCUGUGCCAUCGCGGUCUUCUACCGGCAAUCCCCUUUGACAGACCUGCAGACACCGGCCUAUUGUGCUUACUGCACACAGCUUGGAAGGUUUGGUCAUCGCGAAGACAGUAGUCUACGCUGAUACGGGCCGCGAGCUGUACCCCGUCAUGUCUGAAGCCAUUUUCACCAUCAUCUUCUUCGGAACUCCUCGAGGUUGCUACCAUUGCUUCUACCGCCGUCAUGUCCUCUCCCCUCGCCGAGAAAUGUCAGACCUUUAGUGAAAUAGCCCACAAGUUUUUGGAAAACAUGACUCCGAGAAACAGUUAUCUCAGGGCUGCCCGAAAAGAGUUUGCCACCUUGGUCACCAAGCUCUCUCCCAAGAUCCACGUCUUCUGCUUUUACGAAGAGCAACCGAUCAACCUCGCCGAAAUGGUACACCUGCUCAAAUUUGCCCAUUUCAGUUUUCCCCAAGGAUAACUAUUUUGUCCCCGAAGAAGUCGGCAACGCUUGCUGGCUACGAUGAACUAGGUCUAACUUGCAACCAUCGCAAUCUGGUCAAGUUCAAUGAGACAAAGGACGAAAUAUGGUCACAGGCCGGCUGUGAAAAGAAAUCAAGACUGCCAUUAGCAAUGCAUACCUCACGGCUAAAAAUCGCGUAUCGUGGCUUGGACUUACACCGACAAUGUUUUCGCGAACGGAACCACUUGGCCAUACAACCACUGGGCCCCGUUCUAGUAUUGGGGUCUGGUGUCGAGCCUUACAUGGUGCCCUACAGAUGUAGUUUCCUGCGUGGAGCCUGGUGCAUGGGGCUGGGACCUUAGGGAUGGGACGGGAUGAAAUGCAGAGGGUCGCGGACUCUGAGGGCUUGUAUCGAUAGGCGCAGUGUCUGGAAGGCAAGAAAA